AUGGCAGCGCGAAAACUGAGGCCAUAUUUCUUGGAACACCCUAUUGAGGUCCUCACCAACUCUCCAUUGAGGCAAAUACUACAAAGACCCGACACUUCAGGUGGGAUGAAAGAAACCCCAUGGAAACUUUAUGUUGACGGUUCAUCCACUAGAGAACGAUCUGGGGUAGGCGUCGUAUUAAUCAGCCCUGAACAUCGCAUAUUCUGCGAAACCUUGCCAUUUAACUUUAAAGCCUCGAACAAUGAGGCUGAGUAUGAAGCUCUCAUUGCCGGAGCAAGGAUGGCAUCAGGGUUAGGGAUCUCCGAUCUAAUUAUACACUGCGACUCCCAACUAAUCGUGAAUCAGAAUGGUCACAUCGACGCAUUGGCCCGCCUAGAUACCAGUGAGGGAAUCGAAGAGUUCGAUAGCAUCCUCGUGGGAAAAAUAUCUCUACCGUCCACCGAGCUGGCCGAAGCGGUCCUUAUGAUGAUAGACCCCAAACCAACCUGGCAAGACAAGAUCAUCGCCUACCUAAAAAUUGGGAAAUGUCCCGAAAGCUCUACAAAGGCUAGAAAGCUUCGAAUCAGGUCGGCCAGGUACACACUCAUGUAUGAUGUACUAUACAAACAAGGAUAUUCUACACCUUUGUUAAAAUGUUUGAACGAAGAAGCUCAGCACGCUCUGCAAGACAUUCAUGAAGGAAUAUGUGGAAACCAUUCAGGUGGGCUCUCAUUAGCCCACAAGAUCAUGCGACAAGUACCAGCGCCUCGCUCCCAUCAUAAAUACUCCACCACACGAACUGAACCCAGUAACAAUACCUUAGCCCUUUGCAAAAUGGGGGACCGACCUAAUUGGACCUAUGCCCAUUGGAAAAAGAGGUUCGGCAUACCUCACUCCAUUGUUACGGACAAUGGAAAACAGUUCGACAACGCACAAAUUUCAGAUUUCUGUGAAGAGUUCGGUAUCAAGAAACAUUUCUCAACGCCGAACCAUCCACAGGCAAAUGGCCAAGUCGAAGCCAUUAACAAGAUUAUUAAGCAGACAUUGAAAGCAAAACUCGACUUGUUUAAAGGAGGAUGA